GGGACGGCGGCAGGGGUCCUCCCGGCGCACUAGAGAGAAGGGCGGCCUCGAUCCUAGAGAGGCCGGGGCCGCGUUCCUAGAAAAGCCGCUACUCGGCUGCCCGAGCAGCAGAAGAAGCUUUGGAGAUGCGGACUCACCGCCGCCCGGGACCUGUGGCGAGGCCGCCGCGUCUUUGCUGAACACGUUUCUUGAGCUUUUGGUCCGCUGACCAGCAGUCGGACGCGCACAUAUUGCGCGCCCGCUUAGUGCCUCCGGAGUGCUCCGAGCGCCGCAGGUGCCCCUCCGUGCCUUCUCCGACCGCCGUGCUGCGCGGACACCAGAUCCAUUCUCAUGCCUCGGAUGUGGAAAACCAUUUUUGAAGUGUAGACCUGGGCUAAAUGAAUCUUUUCCUUUAAGCCUUUAAGCCAGCAUGGAUGAAGCUUUGCCAGGCUGCGCACCUGAAAAUGGAGACAGCCUUGUCAAAGUGAAGGAGGAGGACCCCACCUGGGAGCAUACGUGGGGGUUAUGGGAGAGCAGCCGCCAGGCUCAGGAGCUUUGCCGCCUGCGAUUCCGGCAGUUCUGCUACCAGGAGGUAACUGGGCCCCGAGAGGCUCUGGCCCAACUCCAGGCGCUCUGCCGACGCUGGCUGCGGCCCGAGACGCACAGCAAGGAGCAGAUCGUGGAGCUGCUGGUGCUGGAGCAGUUCCUGACCAUCCUGCCCGAGGAGCUGCAGGCCCGGGUGCGGGAGCGGCCCCCGGAGAGCGGGGAGCAGGCGCUGGCUGUGCUGGAGGAUCUACAGAAAGACACAGGAGACCCAGGACAGCAGGCUUCUGUCUAUACUCAGGGACAGGACAUGUACCCACUGGUGACAGAAUAUCAAGGAGCCUCUCUGGAGUGUCAGAGCCUCCAGCUCCUGCCCAGGGUAACCACCUUGAAGUGUGAACCUCCAGAGCUCUGCCAAGGGAACCCCCAAGAAGUGAGUGCUGAAGAAGUUGUAACUAAAGAUGGAUUAUUUAAUGCAAAGAAAGAAACUUCUCAAGAAGUGGAGCACGGUGCUGAGGCCCCAGGAAUACCCGACAGGUGAGUGUCCAUGGUUGUACGUGGGACAGAUCCUGCAGCUGUCGGAACAGAUUGGAAUGGAACCAGAGAAACCAACUGGUCUGGAGCUGCUUCCCUGGGAUCAUGUAGGAAAGUAACUCUCACUUCUGUAAUCACAGGAGGUCCCAUGCCACGGUGACCUACCGUUAUCCACAUUACACAAAACCUUCAGUCGGUGCACAGGUGCCCCAAGAAUCCUAUCCUGACUGUUUACCUUGCCUGGUCACCCUUCCCUGAGCGCCCUUAGGUCUUUGAGGAGCUACAGAUAAGCCAGAAAAGGCGGAGAAUUUAGACGAGAGUGAGGCCCGUCAUGGCAGUGAAGAAAGACCUAGCAUUAGGAAAGUAGCUGAUGGCGCAG